UGUAUAUAUUUUGAUGAAAAGUCGACGGUGUAAGCAUUCGGGAGACACGCUGUAUUUCUAUUUAACGAUAUUUCUAGUUAUAAAGACUCUAUCGUUUUCUUGGAGUUCAAAUGGAUUUUAUUGUUUCUGUGUACAUAUAUAUUGAUUAGUAGCUCGAUCGACCGCCACUUUAAAUAUAUAGCCAAUCGGCAUAUGAAUAACUGGAAUGUGUAGUAGUUUGUAAAGAUGGAAUCUAGCGACGAUGGCGAAGAUUCCACGAACCUACAAACAUUUAAAAGACGCCUCUGUUUGAAAAUGUCGGACAUGGAUUCACAGCGUCAACCUUGGAGAUCUAUGUUGCUAUUGGGUUCCACAGUUUUACUGUCAUUUUUAGGAUUUAUAUGCAGAAAACAAUUCACCCUUUCUCUUCGUGGACUAUUUGAGUCAAGUUUUAAAUUCCACCACCUUAUUUGGUUCCAAAUUGUCGUUGCUCUAGUGGAAGCAGUGUGUGUUGCAGUGUGUAUUAAGUUCCGGCAUUCACAGACAGGUCGCAGCCACCGGGAAGCAACAGUGUUAUUUUCAGUUUCACAAGCUGGAUACGUCAUGGUAGUUGGAUAUCUAACAUUAGUGAAAGAACAGGAACAACACUUGAUGCUUACAUAUUUCGAACCUUUAAUUGCAGCCGCAGUUGUCUUUGGAACAACUGGAAAACCUAUGACGCUAGUAACAUUGGGAGCUUUAAUUGCCUCGUCGUUUGGUGCCUGUAUUACAACGUUGCCUUUUCCAUCAUUAUUGAAUAUUAAUCACACCAUAUUCUUAACAACCCUUUGGGGCAUUUGUGUAUCGGCAAGAAAUGUAUGCUGCAAACAUAUAUAUCAAGAACAAUUUUCUGUGGAACUACGUCACAAAUACGUAAUCCCGUCGCUAUUUGUGGUCGGGACAGCAGUGCCGGUGUGUGUGGGAUUCUUUAUAAAUGUUCAGUGGAUAUUACCCAUGACGUAUAUCGUAUUCGCCUGUAUGAUUUCAGUUACAGCUACAUACAUUAUCAGCUGUUUUCUAUUAAAAAAUAUGAGUGUUACGUCGGUGGCUCUUGUGAACAUAUGGGUGAAGACAAUGUAUGAUCUUGUAUUGGUUACCUCGGAACACCGAUCUAGUAUGAUGACGUCAUUGAUUGGAAUUACACUAUUAAUAUUAGCUCAACUUCUAUAUACCAAACAACGAUUAGCAACUGCUGAUACAACCCUUACCUUUAAACCCGUUCCAACAGAAGAAUUCUACACAAGAAUGUUGUUUUUACUGUUCGCAGCCAGUGUAGGGUCGUUGUUCUUCUAUGCUUUAACACCGAAAUUAAGUGAACGUGAUCUUCAGGUUUUAAGUUAUGUUGGACUUGACAAAGCAGUACGAUCGCUGUUACAAGAGCACCCACCCGCAAGCUGAAAAUCUUUAAAGCAAAAACAGUUUUGUGCAAUUUACUUAUGACUAUAAGAUACAGAUUGGUGUAAUCCUAAGAAAUUAUCAUGGAGAUCGCUGAUUGAGAUAUUCUGACCUUUUUUGAAUUUCUCUUGGGUACCUCAAUACUAUAAUAGCCAUGUGUAUUCACAUGCCUCAGUAAACCUCAGUAAAGACUUCUAUAGCAAAACCUUUUAAUAUUGAACAUUAAUGAACAUGCACAUGUUUGGUCAUCUUCGACAUUGAAUGGAAUACAUAUAUGACGGUCCGUAUGCAGUGAACAUAUAAGUAUAUAUUGACAACGUUGAGGGACGUUGUAAUCUAUCAUAUAGGAAACAUAUAGGGUUGUGCGAAUGGUUCCCUUUAAUUCUCUGAGCGUGUGAAUUAUGAUGGUUUGAAAACAAAUACAAGAGGAGUUCACAUUCAAUGUGGUCACCCCAUAGGAAAAAAUAUCCACGAUGAGAAGUAGUAUCAGACGUUCAGGGAUAAUGUGAGAAUUUCGCAAUGAAAAUUAUAAAUUAUUUGUAUAUACAAUUACGUAUAUAAAUUGGGGAGAUGUAGGGUAUAUGAUGUCACCAGGUCUGGUACACGUAGGUGGGGCUAUUUUUAGCAUUGUGGGUUAUUAGUGUUAAUAAAAAUGGAUAUUAUA